AUGCUAUUUGGCAGGGUUUUGAGGUACCGUAUCGGACUCUUGGGCCGUUUGCCUCAGUACAAGGAGGCGUUCGCGCUCUUCGACAAGAAGGGCACCGGCGCGGUCCCCAGGACGGUGCUCGGCGACCUGCUCCGCGCGCUCGGCCAGAACCCGACCCAGGCGGAGGUCGCGGACAUCGUCGCCACGGCGCCUUCGGAAGUCGACUACAAGACGUUCCUCACCAUCCUCAACCGGCCAGACGGGUUCAAGCCCGCAGGGACACCCGAGGAGUUCAUUCGUGGAUUCCAGGUGUUCGACAAGGAGGGGAACGGCUUCAUCGGUGCGGGUGAGCUGCGGUACGUGCUCACCCAGCUCGGAGAGAAGAUGACGGACGAGGAGGUGGACGAGCUCCUCAAAGGCGCACAAAUCGGACCGGACGGAAACGUGAACUACGAGUCCUUCGUCCGCACGAUCCUGAGCCAGUAG